AGUUGGGCAAUUUCGGUGGCAGGGGAUAGGAUUAAUCGCGCGAACAAACACCCCCAGAAGCCUAUCGCAAAGACGAUCGCACCAUUCCCAAUAACACCCCCCCGCCCCACCCCACCCCACCUCUCGAUCAAUUGUAUUUUGCGCACAAUACAACUAUAUAUGCUCUUUACUUCCCCUACCUCAAACUUUCUGUCUGCUCUCAAUUGGAUUUCAUCACGAUAAUUCCAACCAUAAAUUUUGAUUUCCUGUAAAAGAAAAUACUGGAAAAAAAAACUAGCGGUGCCGUGUUGCCGUAGGAAGGACCCGAAAUUCUUAUAGAGGAAGGAAGUCAGUAUGGCGAUGCGGGAACUGGUAACUGGUGGCGCCGCCUGUGCUGUGCCGGGGUCUAGUUCUUCCUCUAACCCUCUAGGUGCUCUCGCCAACGCCCUUAUUGGCUCCUCAUCCAAAACCCAGGAAAGGCUUCGAGAGAUACCUACUGCAACUGCUACAACAUCAGAUGGCAACUUGUAUGCCGGGGUGGAAGAGCCCUUUGCCUCCCUUCCUGGGUCAGAGCUUGAACACACACUACGGCCAAAUUUGCAGGGUUCAGAAUUCCUUCAAGGUUUCCGUUCUGUGGAUCAAGGUCGGUUUUCAGAUGCUUGGGACGAGGUUCAAAGGCCUCAAGUUCCGCAUUAUCAGGGAAGGGAUGGUCUAACCAACUUUCCGUUGGAGCAACCUCAAAAUUUUGAUGGACCACCUCAAAGAGUGUUGUCAAAUUUUUUGCACUCAUUUCUUCACAGCAGCCAUGGUGGCAUACCUUUUCGUCCAACUUCACUUCCAGUUUUAGGAUUGUCUGAAGGUGAUAAGCAGUGCAUACGUGAUCGUAGCAGUAUUAUGGCUCGGCAUCUUUUUGCAGACAAGAGUGAAGAGUUUAUUCAUUCACAGGUUAAUGCCCUUUUGUCGUCUUUAGACAUCGACAAUGAUCUUCGGGCUAGAGGCCCGAUUCCUGGGAGAUAUCCGGAGCUGGAGGAGUAUUGGAAUGAGUCCCAAGGUAUGAAACCUGGCCCACAUGGUGCAGAUGGGUGGAUUUCUGAAUUCACGCAACACCGGGUAGCUCCUGAUGAUCCAAGUAUGUGGGUUCAGUCAUUUGAACGGCAACAUGGUGCAAAUGGUUGGGCAUCUGAAUUUGAGCAUGAGCAGUCCCAACUUGCCUCAAUUGAUCAAAUGAGAGGUUCAAAUAUGCCUAAUUUAGCUGCCAUGGAGCAGACUCGUUUGCUAGCACACACACUAGCUCAAAACAACGACCCGAAGUUUCAGAACUCAAAAUUCCUCCAGUUUGUGUCAAAGAUGAGCCGUGGUGAAAUCACUAUUGAGGAUAAUCAGUUCAAGGCGGCAGCACUUUCCGCACCCGGAGAUUGGGCAGCAGAAUAUGAUCAACAGUAUGGUGGAGGCCAAUCAUGGGCUGACCAGUUUUCAAAUGAGCAGCUUUCUCAUGGACCUCAUGGCUGGGCAAAUGAGUUUGCUGCUGAACGCGAGCAACAUGGAGUGACAGAUGAUGAGUGGGUAAAUGAAUUUUCCAAGUUAAAUGUCAAUGACUGGUCAGAAGAGUUCGAGCGCCAGGUUGCUGAUGGAACAUUGGGCGAUGCUUCUGCUGAUAAUUGGGCGAAUGCAUAUGAUGAGUACCUAAAUGAGCAAGCAGCACUAAAGCAGAAAUCAGGAACAUCAAGGGGGUUAUAUGAAUUCUCUGACCUAAAUCCUUAUGUUGGCCACCCUAAUCCUUUGAAGGAAGGGCAGGAGCUGUUCCGUAAAGGGCUUUUAAGUGAAGCUGUUCUCGCUUUGGAGGCUGAGGUUUUGAAGAACCCUGAGAAUUCUGAGGGUUGGAGGUUACUUGGUAUAGCACAUGCAGAGAAUGAUGAUGAUCAACAGGCAAUUGCAGCCAUGAUGCGUGCACAGGAGGUUGAUCCAACAAACUUGGAAGUUCUUCUUGCUCUUGGUGUUAGUCAUACAAAUGAGUUGGAACAAGCAGCUGCACUGAAGUACUUGUACAGUUGGCUACGCCAUCAUCCUAAAUAUGGAACCAUUACCCCUCCCGAUCAGCCUGAGAAUCUGUAUUAUGCUGAUGUGGCUAGGAUUUUCAAUGAUGCAGCUAAAAUGUCACCUGAUGAUGCUGAUGUACACAUAGUUCUUGGAGUACUAUACAAUUUAUCUAGAGAAUAUGACAAAGCCAUUGAAGCUUUCCAGACAGCUCUGAAACUCAAACCACGAGAUUAUUCACUUUGGAAUAAGCUUGGUGCAACACAAGCUAAUAGUGUCCAAAGUGCUGAUGCAAUUUUGGCCUAUCAACAGGCUCUAGAUUUAAAGCCUAAUUACGUGCGUGCAUGGGCAAAUAUGGGCAUCAGUUAUGCCAACCAGGGUAUGUAUGAGGAUUCUAUUCGUUACUAUGUCCGGGCACUGGCAAUGAAUCCAAAGGCAGAUAAUGCCUGGCAAUAUUUGAGAAUUUCGUUGAGCUGUGCAUCUAGGAAUGACAUGCUGGAAGCUUGUGACUCAAGGAAUCUUGAUAUUCUGCAGAAGGAGUUUCCCCUGUGAUAUAAUAGUGAUCCUGCAGAGACCUGUGUAUCCUGGCCUAUAUACAUCAUUGGUGUCUGCUUCACAAUUGGCUUCAGCUUCAUCAAAAGGACUGGAAGAUCAAUCAGUAUGGACAUUUUCAUGUAAAAACUACCUAAAGUAUCACAAAAUCAUAGCAUAUUCGGGGAUGUGUAGUUAUCUGAAUUUUCAGACAUGUUCAGUAUGUUGUAUAACAUCAAAUGGAUGAAAUAAGAAAGAGGAAAGAAAUUGAGACGCUCCUAAAUAUCGUUGAUUACUUGCAAUAAAUUUAAAAAAGAAAAAGGCCAUUUCAGGAA